UGAUACCAUAAUGCUACCACAAGGGCUCUAUGUUUAUUACAAGGUUCUAGCUGGAACAUUUCCAUUUUCUGAAAGGAAAACCUUCUGAUUAGAAGUUGAUGUUGAUGCUUUAUCAGAUUUUGUGGCUCCAUGUGAAUCUUAUUCGGUGGGAAAGGGGCAAAAAUGUCUCUUUUAAUGUUGAAGGUUUCAGACCCCUUUUAUAAGUAAUCAUAUUAUAUGCAUCUGCUGUGCACUAAACAGGAACUAAUAACAGUGUGCACUCAAAAUACAAACUCUCACAAAUGAAGGGUUUCUUGAGACGUCUUAGGAUAGUAAUAGGUUACAAAUAGGAUUUCACUUGUAAUUACUUCUAAUAGGAAAACAUUCUGUUUUGCCAAGAUGGCCAGCUCUUUAUCUUGUGAUCUCUGAGCUGUGUAUUGACAUUGACCUUUGAUUACACAAUCACUUGGCUCAGACUGACAGAACUUCAUGGAAACCUGAACAGGCUCUUAAAAGGAUCUGCUGGUUCUAUGGCCAUGUGUAUAGUAUUUCCUGAAAGAAGGUUUUUAAAAAUCCUAUAUAUUUUAAUUGUCUAAGAGGUUGUACGGUGAGGUUGUUAUGACACUAAACCAUCAGUCGAUCGCUUGCUUCCAUUAAAACAAGAGAAAUUCUUGGCUGCUUAACUGCUACUGAGGCAUUAAUCUUCAGACUGUGUACUCAGCCCAUUGAAACCUCAGGCUGCCCGUCUCUCCUUUAAACAAUCCUUAAAAUACACCUCAAUCUUUUCAUCCCUCUGUCCCUCUACCGAUACUUCAAACUUUCAAUCUUUUCAUCCUUCAGGGAAGGGAUGAGGUGGUGCAUGUGGCAGGUAAUCAAAAAAAAAACUUCUAGAAGAGUGGAGAAGUGGGUGUGUAGCUGCAGGGGAUUAGAAAGAGAGAGGAGUAUAAAAGAGGAUGAUGGGAGACAAAAGAAAAGUAGACAAGACUGCAGGAAAAAUAAGAGCUGAAGAUUGAGGAAAAUCGAAUCCUCCAAAAGACUCACUGCUGUGAAACACCAAGGAAGUGAACACAAUGGAUGCCCCAGCACCUACAGACAAGAAGGCACCCCCAAGGUUUAAGCAGAGGACAGUCCGGACUUUCAAGAGCAAAGCACCAAGACCAGGGCAGAAGGGCUUUGGAGAUGACAUACCUGGAAUGGAGGGCCUUGGGACAGACUUCACUGUGAUUUGUCCGUGGGAGGCUUAUGGUGACAUGGAACUAAGCGAUUUGGCUAAAUAUGGAAUAUUGUAGUUUUCAUUUUGGCGGUUCCCCCCCCAACUCCCUCACCGUUGACAUUUUCUCACUGUUGAGAAUUCCAUGAUGGUACACUUACACUCACCUGGACUUCCACUUCCUCAACUUUAACAUCACCGAAUUGCUCUCGAAGCUUCGUAUCGCUCAUUGAUUCCUCUGUGAAGAAUUAUUACAUCCAAAAAUACAGCACGCGUCAACUGAAUGCACUGAAAAAAAAUCUAAGAUCGAGGAAUCAGCCAGGCAUCAUUUCCAGUUCUGUUGAAUUUGCAUACUGAAAUAUGAUUGGUUCUUAGAUUUUAUGACGCAAGUAUUCACUGCUACUCAAGCUCAAUGUGAUUUGUAGUUCUGAAUCCUUUGCUUAGUACAUAUGGUGAAAUGUGAUGACUAUUUUUCUUUUAAUAAAGACAAGAAUG